CUCUCCUCACAAGUUUGUAUUUGGAAACCUUUUGAAAUGGAGAGCUAAUUUUACAUAAUUGGACAUUGGGAUCUGAAUCUGAAACAACAGCUAAGACUCAGUUUCUCUGCUCCUUUGUCUUUGCAUAGUACAUACCACCAAACACUAAAGGUCUGAAAGAAAAUUGGAAUAAUUUAGCAAAGGGGAUUUAGAAGUGCUUCACAGACCACUAGAACAACAAAAUGGCUGCCAAGCGCCUAUUUUGUGAGUCAGAUUUUUCCUGCCCAUAUUGUCUGGAUGUUUUUAAAGAUCCGGUCAUCAUGGAGUGUAGUCACAGUGUGUGUAAAGCCUGUGCAGAAAAGUAUUGGGCAACCAAAGGAUGUCAGGAGUGUCCUGUUUGCCGCAAAAGGUUCUUCAAUAGUAAACUACAAUCUAACCUGGUUCUAAGGAAUCUAUGUGAGAACAUUUUAGCACAGCAGAGGAUGUCAGUAGCAUCUGAGUUGCUCUGCAGUCUGCACAGUGAGAAACUCAAGCUCUUCUGUCUGGAGGAUAAACAGCCUGUGUGUGUGGUAUGCCAGACCUCAAAACUACACAGAGGCCACAAUCUCAGUCCUAUUGAUGAAGCUGCAGCAGACAUGAAGGAGGAACUCAAGAACAAAUUGGAGCCAUUGAAAGAGAGACUGAAGACAUUUGAAAAAGCGAAGCUCGUGUUUAACCAAACAGCAGCAUACAUUUUGACUCAGGUCCAGUGCACAGAGAAGCAGAUCAAGGAGGAGUUUGAGAAGCUUCACCAGUUUCUACGAAAUGAGGAGACGUCCAGGAUAUCUGCACUGAGGGAGGAAGAGAAGCAGAAGAGUCAGAUGAUGAAGGAGAAGAUUGAGAAGAUGAGCAGAGAGAGCUCAUUUAUUUCAGACACAAUCAGAGCCAUAGAAAGGGAGAUGACAAUGGAUGAUCUCACAUUCCUGCAGAGCUACAAGAGCACAGUGGCAAGAGCCCAGUGCACACUGAAGGAUCCAGAGAGGCUUUCAGGAGCUCUGAUCAAUGAAGCAAAACACCUGGGCAACCUUGAAUUCUUAGUCUGGGAGAAGAUGCAAGAGAUUGUUCAAUACACUCCUGUCACUCUGGAUCCCAACACAGCAAACCCAUCACUCAUCCUGUCUGAGGAUCUGUCCAGUUUAAGACGUGGUGAUGAGAUACAGCACCUUCCUGAUAAUCCAGAGAGAUUUGACUUUGCUGCUAGUGUGCUGGGCUCUGAGGCCUUUAACUCAGGGACACACUGCUGGGAUGUGGAGGUUAGGGAGAACACAGGGUGGAGUGUUGGUGUGAUGACAGAGUCUCUCCAGAGGAAGGGUGACUUCAACUCCAAGAGUGGAUUGUGGUUUAUUGUGUGUAGCAGUGACCGGUAUUGGGCAUGGUCUACCCCACAGACUGCCACUGAGCUCAGAGUGCAGCAGAGGCCCCAGGUGAUCAGAGUGCAGCUGGACUUCGGCAAAGGACAUCUGACAUUCUCUGACCCAGAUAACAGCACUCUGCUUUGUACCUUCAUACACACGUUCACAGAGAAAGUGUUGCCCUACUUUAACACUGGAGAGUUCCCUUUGUGCGUCCUACCAGUGAAGUCCUCAGUUACACUAGAGCCGCUGAAUUUGAUAUGACAUAAUAUCCUGUGCCCAGGGUAAUCGAUGAGGUAUUACCAAGGACAACUGAAGCAGCUGUAGUUGCUAUAGUCCAUGAGGCCUUUAUGCUUCAUUUGCAUCAUUUGUUUUAAUUCUACCAUGACAUCAAGCAAUCCUCUUGUGUAUGAGCUGUGUUGUUGUAUUAUUAUUAUUAUUUCUUUUUGCUUUCCUUUUGGAAUUAAGAGAAAAACAGUUACGCCCGUUAGAAUUUCUGUCUAUAAUAUGGUGUAUUUAUUUAUUCAUGUAUUGGGGCAAAAUGAGUUUUUGAGUGUCCUUGUGGUGUGGCUCUGUGACAACUGGGACGCAGGAAGUCGGUUGGUGACAUAAUUAACGUAGAUUCAACGCAGCUGCUUUCCUUUUGCUUGGGACCAACACAGAACCACUACAUAACAAGUAGGGAUGAUGUAAAAAUUAAUUAAAAGUAAUUACAUUUC